UACUACAGGAUACCUGAAGUGACCCUCCAAAAUUGCAGCCUACUCCCUGACGGAUCUGCUGGCUUCCUCCAACUCUCGCCCCCCGCCCCUAGAGGACCAAGGCAAUAAAUAUCCGCCACCAAAGAGAUUCUGGAGGGAGCCAGGCAUGGUGGAUCCGGUAGCGGAUCCUGGCAAGGAAACAUGCCCCGAUCCCGGGGGUGCCGCGGGGGGAGAAGAUUCUGCGGCAGCCGCUACCUCCGCCACGACCGAGGCUGCAGUUCAGCCGCCCGCCCCCCCGCCGGCAGCGGCGCCUCCUCGAAUCGGAGAGCCAGAGAAAAUUCGCGAAGAGUCGCCGAUGCUGCACCUGGAUCUGUACAACUUCGACUGCCCGGAAGCCGAAGGCAGCCGCUACGUGCUCACCAGUCCCCGCUCCCUUGAAGCCUGCGCUCGAAGUGCCGUCAAGCCGGUGGAGCUGCUGCCCCGGCCGCUCAGCGAGCUGAUCAAGGAGGCCCCCGGCAGGUCUAUGCGCGUCGCCGCCGGCCUCUAUGAGGCCUACGAGAUGGAUCGGCAGAGGAAGCUGCAGCAGUGCCGGGAGGAGAGGGAAAGGAUAAUCCGAGAGGAGAAGCGGAGGCUUUUCAUGCCUGUCCUGACCGGAAGCCUGCCUUCCUCCCCAGCUUCCAGGACGGCCUCUAAAAGCACCCUGCCCGAUGGAAGUUGCCCUCCAAGUGGCAAGCCGAAAACGGCUGGAGGCCACCCACCUCCCCCUCUGAGUGGCCCCAAGACCAAGAAAAGCCACUCGCUGGAUUCCCUGCAAAAGAGGAGAGAGGGCUUCUCCACCAAGACCUCCUCUGACUCGGGCGCCUCUUCUUCCUACAGCGGAGAUAGUGGCAAGGACAAAUGGACCCAGGGCUUGCCUAGGACUAAGAACGUGGCCACCAUGACCUCCUUGGUGGGCCGCAGUUUCAGCCUGAGUGACCUCAGCCACUCCCCGCAAACCACCCAGAAAGUGGAGAGGAUUGUCAGAGAAGUGAGGCAGAAGAAAGGUUUCAAGGAGGUGUCUGACAGGGACCGAAAAAUUGCUGCCCUGAUGAUAGCCAAGCACCAAGAGGAGAACCUGUGGAAGGAGCAGCGGUACACUGCCCACCUCCAGUGGGAUGUGCAGAGAAGGGUGGUGGAGCAGAGGAGGGAGCUGGAGGAGCGGGAAAAGCAGCUCGCUUUGGUGCAGGGCCGCCGGAUGUGGGAAACCCGGCUGGAGAAGCGACGUGACAGGCUGACCCAUACCUGGGACGAGGCUGUUCAGAUGAAGCAAAGGCAGACCUUGAUGGAGGAUGAGAAGUGGCGGGAGCACAUGGAAAAGCAGGAGCGCCUGAAGAGAAACAGGCUGGGGAAAGCUGCUCUGGAGGACAAGAAGAGGAAACGCCACCAAGAGCACAACCUGAAGGCUCAGGAAGAAAACAAGAAAGAAGUCCAGGUGCGAGAGGUGCAGCUGCUGCAAGAAAAGCUCACCUUGGCAGCCCAGAAGAAGCUUUUGAAGGAACAGCUGAUACAAAAAGAGAAGAAGCUGCUCAAUCAAGCUGACAAGCAGAAACACGAGACCAUUCUCAAGGGUCUGGCUAAGCAGGAGGCCGAAGAGCGGGCAGUGCUGAGGGCAGCCAUGGAAGGGAGCUUGAGCAAAGCUCAAGAGAAGUAUGAGCAGCUCAUUGAGAAGAGGAACCAGGAACUGAAAGAGAGAGGCAAGCGGGAAGAUCUGCAGAUCCAGAGAGCCAAGCUGGCAGCAGAACGCAAAGACCGGGAGCAAAAGGAGCACUUAAGAGCCUUGGCCCAAGCAUCUGAGAGGAAGCUGCAACAUGCUGCUCAGGUGGUCGAGGAAGUUGCCCAGCAGAAAGCUCGAAAGGUGGUGCAGAACCGGCUGGAAAAGGAGAAGAUGCACAAAGUAAACAAGAAGAAAGUCGACGAGUGUGAAGAUAUCCGCCGGAGGGAGAUCCUGUUGUCUAUUGAGAAAAAGCUGGAGCGAAGUGAACAGAUUUGUAAGGAGAAAAAAAAUGUCUUGGAAAGCGCAAAGUCUGUGGCUCGGGCAUCCUUCCACGUGAGGGAAAAAGUCCGGGAAGAGAUGAACAUGCGUACUUUUGACAAGAUGGCCUUUGAGGCAGAACUGCAGGCCACCCUAGUUAAAAAAUAAAUUGUCUUUUUUGUUUGGGAUUCGGUGGGGAUUUCUGUUUUGCUGCCUAUUGUCAGAAUUGGGAGAUUUUUUUAAAAAAAAAAACUUCAUUAUUUUGUGGAGCACAAAAACUCAGGCAUAUACUUCAUAGACCUUUUUCAAAUGCUCUUGUUAUACAUAUUCAAAAAGCUAUUUCAACUGUCUAUAGAAAGAAAAUAUGAAUCCCUCCCUCUGUUGACUAAAAUACUGUUUUCAUGGAAUAAAAUCAAGAUACAUACAUUUUAUAUAAUAGAAAUUUGUUCCCCUCCUCAAGGGCCAGUUCGGUUCCCUCAAGUUCAGAGGAAGUAUUAUCAUAUUGAUAUAGCUGGGUCUUAAUUUGAAUGUCACUCGGCAAUGGAACUUUUGGUCUCUUGUAUGUGUCCAUAUUUGAAAAGAAUUUAUCUGGCCCAUGUGGUGCACUUUAUUUAUCCUUACUGUUGGAAACUCUAGGCCUUGUAACAUUUUACUAACAAACUGAAGUUCUGAUUCAUGACAUGAAAGCAUGUGGAAAAACUUGUUCCAAUAAAAUUGCAAACGCGUAGAAAGUCAUUUACACAGUCCCUUUCAUUGACUAUUAUUUAUUUUAUGUAUUAAUCCAUCUAAUAUGGCUAUCCGUCUCUCCAAAGAAAUUCUGGGUAACAGGAAAAAACAAGGCUUUCCAUUAAAACCAAAUGAAAGCAAAACAAGUGAAGGUCCAAUUUCCAUAAUCACCAGUCACGUGGACCAAUGCCAGACUCCCAUAAUUAAUAUACUGGCUUCAAUAUCUGGAGGAAGACCCAGAUCUUCAUAGUCUACAUUUCUCAAGAUUCACAAUGAAAAGAGUAGGCCUUACAUAUAUUGAUGAGCCAUGAUGACACAGCAGUUAGAGUGCAGUAUUGCAGGCUACUUCUGCGGACUGCCAGCU